GACGCAAAACUUGCAUUGCCUUUCAUAAAUUCCUGCCCCAUGAUACAGUUACCAUAGUGAUAGAAGAAACAUGUCAUGUCUUACGCAAGGCAACAUAUAUAAUAGAAAAAUAGUCCAAGAAGCAAAUACAGACUAUUUCUCACCAUACAUAUUGAGCAGUUAAAGAUGAUUGGAGUUCAUAUCUUAUUUUUGACUUCUAUUUUGACGAUAACUCUGACAAAACCAGAAAACAUUUCUCAAAGUACCAUCGAAGGAACAACCACGCGAAGUAGCAAAAUAUGCGAUAAUCAACCAAAGGAAAAAGGUCCAGAACAGACUUUGCAACAAUACUAUGAUGAGCAAACCAAAAUGCGUUCAUGUGAAAACAGAUGUGGGAUACCAAAAACUACACACAGUCUUAAUGAUUUCUACUGCCAGUGUGAUGAUAAGUGCAUUCACUUUGAAGAUUGUUGUGCUGAUUUCAACGCACAAUGCACACAGAACUCCAGUAGUCUAAAUGACGAGACACAGUUGAAGGGACAGCGGUCAAGAUACACGUGUGUAAAGAUAAGCAACACAAAUAUGGUCUACACGUCUUCAAAUUGCCGACCUGAAUACGCCAGUACUGUCUUGGAGAGUAUGUGCAAAUAUGGUAAGAAGUUCCUUGAUACGGUGCCUGUGACAGAUCAAGAAACUAAUCGUACAUACAAGAAUAUUCACUGUGCUAGGUGUAACAAUGUGAAAGCAUUUACCAAUUGGGAAAUAAAACUACUAUGCAAUGCCUAUGUGAUGGAUGAAAACGAUUUUCUUAAUCCUGGAACUACAACAUUGUUGAAGUUACUAACUUCUCGAUUCUGCGAGCACCACUAUGUCCCGCCAGUAAGUACAGACUCCCUUAGAUCAUGUUUACCGACUUUGGAUACAUGUCCUAAAGGAACAAACGAAACUCUCGCUGACAUGUGUGCAACUUCUGGUUUCUACCCUCUAGUUUAUCAAAGUUUGACUGCAUAUGUGUACAAGAACUUCUACUGUUGGGUGUGCUCUACUUCUCCUAUCCUAGAUGAUACUGGCAAGCUGAUUUUACCCAACUGUAAACUUGGUAUAACCCAGAUACAAGCUGACGACAAAUCGGGAUUGGACUUAUCUGUGUUUUCAUUCGGUAUUCUAUGGGAUUUGACAUCAGAGAAUGACCUCCUUAUGAUUACAAGACCAGGAAAGGGAAUCAAUGGAAUGGACUUUGGCAUAAGUUGUGACGCAAAUGCAGCCUGUACGACCCUAAAAUGUCCAGAAGGCUAUGUUCAUGAUGAGAAAAAAUGUGUACUGGACAGGCUCAUUGUCCCAACAGUCUUAAAAUGCCUCGGUGAAGUCAAUGACACUGAGAACAUUGAAAUCGGCAUAAAGACAGUUUUUGCGCCAAUGGGCUACAUUUCUGCUUUUGAACACAACAAGUAUUUUUAUAAAUACUUUAAAUUCGACACAAUCUUUCCAAGGAAUUUCACAAAAGGUAUGAUACAGAAGGCAAUGGAUGGGUACACGGCAACAUUCAUAAGAGUCACGUUAUUCGCUGUUAAUGUCACAUUUGAUUUCUCCAUAAAAUCUAUCCCGACAAUAUCACACGAUGCAGCAUCUGAUAGAAAUUCAACUCCAAAAUUUAAACAUACUUCGUCCGAUGGAAAUUAUAACUUUACCAUGGUGCAACUAAUCAUGACUUGCAUUGCUUUAAUCAUGGUAUAAUUGCCAUAAUAAAGACGUCGUGUGAAUUUCUGCCUCACGCUGUAGCUAGAAAUAAACAAAUGACCCCUUUCCAUAGAAAUGGAAAAUAGAUUGCAUCAUGGGUAUUGGUAGGACAAGGGUAGGGCUAGAAUACAUGUAAAUGUAUUGCCAGAGUCACUUAAUUUCUUGAUUUAAGAAGUAAUUCCAUUUGGGUUAACUUAAAACUUUAUUGGAAUGUAACAAUAUGAUCUUAUUGACAUGUGGAUUGUGAUUUCCAGAAAACCAGAAAAUCAUUAGAAUUUGAAUGGUGCAAAUCAAAGUUGUUUAGAUAGAAAAUUACACAUAGAAUUCAAAUAUGCCAUCAAAUAGAAGGAAUGUUAGUCUUUAGUGGUUCAAAAUGCAGAUAUCCUUAAAUCUCAUUAAAACGAGACUUUAACGAGAUUUCAAAGCUAUAUGGAAAAAGGACCAUUGAAUAGUACAUUUGCGUACUGUCAGUCAUGCCUUGUGAGUAUGUGAAAUACUAUCGCAUAACAAAUACAGGGUGAUCCAGAAGCGAUUUCAAUACUAUUGGACCGAUAUUCGUUUCAAGAUGAUCAAUCAAGUAGUAUUAAAAUGACGCUAUUUCUGGAUCACCCUGUAUAUCAUCAAUAAUGAAUACAUGUAGUGUAAUUGCUUGUAAAAAUACUAUUCGCGUUUCCACCGCUAGGUCUAGUACAAUAUAAUGUAUGUGUAUGUGAACAUCAAAAAAUCGAAC